UUCGAUUUGUAUAUACUGCUGUUGGAUGUCUGAUGAUGGUUGGGAAUAGCUUAACUGCUGGUUUGGGUGAAUAGAUCCUGUAUUGUCUUGAGGAGGAUGUUGAUUGUCGGUAUGAAUUGGUGCUAGAUGGGAUAUUCACUAGGCAGGAAACUGCUCUUUCAUUGAAGGCUGAAGCUACACAGCUGGAUCUUCAAUACUUAAGCUCCUCUGGUUUCCUCUUUCUCUUCUUCUACCUCUUCCAUUUUCUCUUCUGUAUCCAACUUCCUUACACACUGAAUCUGUACUUCUAACCUUAUCUUGCAUCUCCUCCAUCAUCCCGAAUCAUCAUGGCGAGUUCUCAGGCUUGCACGUGGUAUACUUCAAAUACAUCAAAGGCUGGCUCAUGUUCCCCUGUUCUCAAAACCACCUCGUCGAAGCCAAAUCAGGAGUAUCUCUGGCAACCUAUCUUCUUUUUCACCAACGCCGCCGCCACCGCCACCACCGCCACGGCCGUGCCCGGCCCCCUCCACAAACGACGACCUUUUGUUGUUUAGGCUGGGUGGUUUUUGGGGGCUCCCAUCGCAGGCCAUGCAGGA